AUGGCCAGCAUACGUGCGCAUUCGCUGCUGCUGUUGCUGCGGCUUAUGUUGCUGCCGUUGCCGUUGCUGUUGCUGCUGCUGAUGUUGACAGGCGGCGCACAGAGCACGCGCCUGCCGCUGGAGGUGUACGAGCUGACGCCAACGGCCAGCGCUGACAGCGAUGCCAAGCACAAGAGCUUGGAAUAUGCCAUCUACGAUCCCAAAGAGCUAACAGGUGCGCCCAAGGCAGCAGCAGCAGCAGCAACAACAACCACCAGCAGCACGGCGAGGCCAAGCAGCGAAAAGCCGCUAACUAUUGCCGUGGUCAGCAUCUCAGCGGAGCAGCAGCAGCAGCAACAGUCGGAGCUGGAGCCUACCAUACAGGCGGGACGACGUGCGCGCCAAAUGCUGCAGCAGCAACAUCGACUGAGCAGCAGCAGCAGCAGCAACAAGCAUGCGCACAGCGUCAAGGAUAUGCGCAUACUCUACCAAGUUGGGGACUCCGAGGCUGAUUUGCCCGUGUGUGCACCGAAUGCGGUCUGCUCCAAGAUCGACCUGUACGAGACACCCUGGAUAGAGCGCCAGUGUCGCUGUCCCGAAUCGAAUCGCAUGCCCAACAAUGUCAUAGUGCAUCAUCAUGAGCACCCGCAUGGCACGUUGGCUGAGCGCCAGAAGUAUCGCAGCUACUACGAGAAGGAGAAACUGUUGCAGCACAAGCGCCUGCUGCUGGACAAGAAGUACGAGAGUCUGCAUCUGAAGAAGCUCAUGCAGAAACUGGGCGCUGUCUACGAAGAUGAACUACAACUGCCAUCUGCUGGCGACUAUGUGGAACGUUCGCCGGACUACAACGAGGCGCUGCCGCCGGCCUACGAGGAGCUGGCGGACAACGAGCUGCCCCAGGCGCCAGCACGCGGCGCGACGCACAUGCGCCACUCCGGUCAUCGCGGUCUGAAGGAAGCAGCCAGCUUUAUAGGCGGCUGCCCGAGCAACCUGGGCGUAGAGGAUGGCCACACCAUAGCCGACAAGACCAGGCACUACAAGCUGUGCCAGCCGGUGCACAAGCUGCCCGUUUGCAAGCAUUUCCGUGACUACACCUGGACACUGACCACCGCCGCGGAGCUGAAUGUCACCGAGCAGAUCGUGCACUGUCGCUGUCCCAAGAACUCGGUCACCUAUCUAGCCAAACGUGAGCCAGUGCCCAACAGCAGCACAGCCUAUCGCUAUCUCUUCGCCUGCUCCCCGCUGACGCGCCUACGCUGCCAGCGCAAGCAGCCGUGCAAGCUGUUUACGGUGCGUAAACGUCAGGAGUUUCUCGACGAGGUCAACAUCAAUUCGCUAUGCCAGUGCCCCAAGGGUCAUCGCUGUCCCAGCCAUCACACACAGUCGGGCGUUAUAGCCGGCGAGAGUUUUCUGGAGGACAAUAUACAAACAUAUUCCGGCUAUUGCAUGGCCAACGAUUGAUAUGGAUAUAUAUAUAUAUGGGUUUAUAGGUUUAUCUAGCACUCGACUGAGCCAAUUGAGUCUCGCCAAGUUAACAAUUAAAACUGAAAACUAUAACUACAAACUACAACUAAUUUAUGUGCAUGUGUG